AUGCCGCCGCCCCAAAAAGACGACGACCUCUCAAAAGGCGACAUCAUCGGCAUCGUCGUCGGCACCGUCGUCGGAACAGGCCUCCUACUCGCCCUCUUCAUCGCCAUCCGCCAACGCCGUCGAGAAAAACGUCUGCGUCUGGAAUUCGAAAAAGCCGCAACUUUCGCCGAAGCGGCCGCAUCGAUUUACCGAGCGAAAAGUUUCGGAGUCGAAAACGAAGAAGAAGAAGAAAAUCCUCCUCGUUACUACUCUUCAGCCAAUCCUCGUUCUUCGAAUCAGGCUUCUUUUUCUGUUCCGCCUUGUAGUGCGGUUUCGGAAUUGAAUCCUUAUAAUUUUCGAAUGAGGCCGGAGUUGCCGACGAACACGAGUUCGAGUCGGGUUGAUGUGAAGGAGAAGGGGGUGGCGAGUGCUGGGCCGCAUGAACUUGAGGGUGCGUCUGCGUCUGCGUCUGUGACGGUUCCGAGUUGUGCGAGGGUUGCGAAUCAUGUGCUUGGGGAGAAUGAGAGUGAGGCUGGGAGUCCGGUUGUGGAGGUGAAGGAGGUUAAGAUUUGA